UUUUUAGCUUAGCUGAAGGCGCACGAGCGGCAUUGUAUCAUAGUGAGAAAAUAAGUUUUAAGUUUGUUUUUGUCGGAAAAUUAAAUUUCUUUUAACAUUCCCGCAAACUUCCAGCACCCCGCUAUCCAGUCUGAAGUUGACUUGCUGCCAUGCCGGUGCACCGAGACCGGGAGAAGAAGGAGAGCACAGCAGAGGAGAUGGAGGUGGAGGAACAUGAGCAGGAGGCAUCCAGCUCAGAGGAGGAAGAUUCGGACACCUCCUCUGUCUCAGAAGACGGAGACAGCUCUGAAAUGGAUGAGGAGGACUGUGAGCGGAGGAGGAUGGAGUGUUUGGAUGAAAUGUCCAACCUGGAGAAACAGUUCACUGAUCUCAAAGACCAGCUGUAUCGGGAACGUCUCAGUCAGGUGAACAGUAAGCUGGCAGAGGUGGAGGCUGGUCGGGCAGCGGAAUAUCUGGAGCCUCUGGCAGUACUGCUGGAGAACAUGCAGGUCCGCACCAAGGUGGCAGGUAUCUACAGGGAGUUGUGUUUGGAGUCUGUGAAGAACAAAUAUCAGUGUGAGAUCCAGGCAGCAUCCCAGCACUGGGAGAGUGAGAAGCUGCUGCUGUUUGAUACAGUUCAGAGUGAACUGGAGGAGAAAAUAAGAAGACUGGAGGAAGACAGACACAGCAUAGACAUUACAUCAGAACUGUGGAAUGAUGAGUUGUCAGGGAGGAAGAAGAGGAGAGAUGCUUUAAGUCCAGAUAAGAAGAGGAGACGACCUUCAGUGGUGUCUGGUCCAUAUAUUGUCUACAUGCUGCCUGACUUGGAUAUCCUGGAGGACUGGACAGCUAUCAGAAAGGCUGUGGCUACGCUGGGUCCUCACAGAGGGAAGGCCGACUCCGACAGCUCCGUGUUUCCAUUCAGACCAGACAGAAACAGACCCAUUCUCAACUGCUGAGGCAUACAGACACACGCACAAUACAUGCAAAUACAUAUGACACACACAGUAGCAUUCACUUCUCCCAGCACAAGAACACACACACAGAUGAACAUUUCUCUGAAUCUUCCCAAAAAUCCUUUAAACUCCUCAGCUAACAGCGAACACAGCCUCAUCUGUUAGCGACACCAGUCGGUAAGCUGCCUCUCGUGCCAACCGGCACACACAACAAGGACUCACGGGUUGAAUCCCUUUAAAGGACAAACAGGAAUAGAAGCAUUUUUUUGUCCCCACUGACAAGUUAGAUACCGGUGCUUGAGUUCAGACGUGGACUCAGCAGGUGAUUUAGACCACGUUAUUGAAUUUGAAGCGUUGGAUUCUGUUCACACAGUGCAGGAGGAGGAGCAGGUUUUCCCACUAACAGUUACAGACAGUUACAAGCAAAUGAAUGGUUUCAUUCCAAAAUGACAAAUCCACAAUUUGAUCACCAAUACAUGCUUUUGGAGGCUCAUGUCACCAUUUUUAUGGAGAAAUUGAUAAGUUGAUUUGUCCUACUUAGACAGUACCUUUCAUUUGACCAUUUUCAUGCUAAACAUUAUGAGAAAUUAUUUUAGACUUUAAGUUUUAAUCCCAGUUUUGUAUUGUCGCCAGGCUGUAAAAAAAAAAAUAUUACAGUGAUGCAGCAUAUUAAGUAUCAUUGGACAAUACAUUUAUGAAAUGCUGGUUAUAUAUGUACUGUGUUAAUGACUGAUGCCUUGAAAAGGAAGAACCUCAUCAUAGUGCAUGUACAUGAUGCAGAUUGACAUAUCUAUAUUUUUAUUUUAUUAUAACAUUAAAAAAAUAUUGCCAAUAAUUGUUGCAACACAGUGACUCUGGCAUGAAAGUAAAACACACUUUUGAACAAGAAUUUCAGUAUAUACCAGUACUACAUCCUUUCACACAGAUGUUCAGUGUUCAACCAGGUACAAUGUGGUGUUUUGGAAUGAAUCCUUUCAAAUGCUCUCUGACAAAUUAUUUUCAUAUUUCCUGGUUACAUUUUGAAAUUUUGACUAGUUGUACCUAGUACCUAGUAUUUGGUGAGGGUCUUUACACGCUAAGGUAAUCUGACAGUAUACUCCAACCAAAACUGAAUUCAUUUAGUGUCCAUUUCAUAGCUACAGUUAGUAAGAUUGUAACUGAAUUAAGUAUUUUGUUUGGCUGCUUCAACUUUUUUUUUUUUUUUUUUUUUUUUUACAGCUAGUGGUCACCACCAUCUGAGGUGGACUCGAGCCAUCCAUGUGACUCAAGUAGACCUCGAGUCACAUGGAUUGUUUGCCUAGUUGUCUGAGCACUGUACUCACCAGAAGUUCAGGAGCCAUUGCAAACAUUUAAACUUGAGUUUUGUUUGGUGAUGCUGGAGCCUUCAGAGGGAGUGUUAGUUAGACCAAACCAGGAUAAGAUAAAAUAGAAAGUUAUUAAUAAAGCUUCCACUGUCAUUCAGGGAAAUGGCCGUUAAUACUGUACAUGAACCUGGUCCAUUGUGCCAUGGAAAAUGUUGAUUUUUUUUUUUUUUGUACUUUUUUAUGUGGGUCAGUUUAAAUGUAUUAUGGGAGACUGAUAAUUACUUUUUUAUGAUGUUUUGAAUAUUUAGGUGGUGACCAUAUGACAGUUUGUACAGUUUUCUGUCAUUUCAGACAGCAUCCAGCACUCCACUGUGCCUAUAUUUCAAGUUAAGUUGUGGUAAAUGUCAUGUUUUUUUUGUUUUAAUGGUGAAUCUCGCAUUUUGUGGAAUUACAGUUUGAUAGCUGCAACAGCGGUUGAGAUAAACUCGUAGAUAACUUAAAUCGCACAUUGAUUGCAGCAAUGAAAACACAAGACAGGGAGAAAGAUUUGUCAAGACUGUGUGCAUUUCACCAAGACGAGGUCAUAUGCACUCAAGAAGAGUUUUCUUAACUGUCUAAAGCCCAACUUCAUGUUUGUAUUAGAUUUCUGUUAUUCCAGGCUUUAACUCUCUCUUAACAUUUUACACCACUAUUCCUGCUGGUAACAUAUUCAAUUGGGAUAAGAACAUAGCAAACAGGCAGUUAUCCCUUUCAAGGAAUUUCAAGUUACCCAGGUGUUAUCGGUAUAUUCUCUGCUUACAUAUCUACCUCUUCUCUCUCUCUUUCUGUGUCACACUUUUUACAUUAUUACUCAUGAAAGUUCUUCCAUCUUGAUGAGCAUCCUUACAAGAACAGUUCUUUCAGCGUACUGCUGGUUUAUAAAGCUGUCUCUAUGGAUUUGUUAGAUUGGAUUUUUUUUAAAGCCUACAGUGAUGGUGGUUAAUUGUACAGACUGACUGUGAGGAGAAAAUAAUAGUAUGAGAAAAUGACAUGUUCUUCCAAUUAUAGCCCAUCAUUCAAUCUUCAUAGUUAAAAACAUGUUGUUUAUAAAGGAUGAUGAACAAAUUGCCAUUUAAUAUUAUUGAUUUUAUAAACGGAGGUUUUUGAGGUGGUGGUGAUGUGUCAAAUCAAUAUUUUUCAGCAGUUUAUGUGAAGUAAUGUGUCAGGUACAUUAUUUUCAUUCUCAUCGAUGAUGUGGAUGGGAUGUUUUACGAGUAAAAUCUGUUUUAUAAAGUA